AUGGCGACAAUCAGCGACAAACCUGCGCCCAAGGACAUGUCCCAUCUCUACUCGCGGGUCACCAAACAGCGUGUUGCCAGCAAGAUGAAGGCUUUCUAUAAAUACUUCUCCAUUCCGGGUAUCGGAAACCUUGCUGGAGGCAUGUCGUCGCUUUGGUCAAGAUGUCUCCCAAACCCUGGAUACUUCCCCUACGACACAUUGGAAGCAUCCACGGCGCUUCCUGAUCGAUUCAAGCCUACGCCAAACAAUCCCGUUGACCCUCCAUCUCCCGAGCCUGCAAAACCGUCUCUAUCAGACGCUCCAACAGCCUCGCGGGUUCUGGUCCCCCACGAUUCGGCCGAGCCAAACCUCCUGCGCAAGAUCGACCUGACCACUGCUCUGCAGUAUGGCACCGCCCAAGGAUAUCCUCCUCUUUACAGCUUUAUCCGAACAUUCGCACAGACAAAUCUUCAUCCCAAUGUGCCUUACAAGGACGGACCGGAGGUGAUCCUGACCUGCGGCUCAACAGACGGCUUUUCGAAGGCGAUUGAAUGCUUCAGCAACAUUUGGGACGAGGAAAGAGAUUGGAUCCGAGAACGUGAGGGGAUCCUCUGCGAAGAGUUUGCAUAUAUGAAUGCCAUUCAAGCUGCCAGGCCCCGUGGCCUCAAUGUGGUCCCGGUGGCAAUUGACGACGAAGGUAUGAUGGCUCGAGGAAAAGGCGGGCUGGAGGAGGUCCUCGCGAGCUGGGACAAGAACAGGGGAAAGAGGCCGCAUUUAAUGUACACGGUGACGAUGGGCCAGAACCCGACUUCUGGAUUACUAUCGGUGAAAAGGAGGAAGGAAAUUUACGCCCUAUGUCAAAAGUACGAUAUCAUCAUUAUUGAGGAUGACCCGUACUGGUACUUGCAAUAUCCUUCGGCAAAUGAGAUGUCAAUGAGAACCAGGGGUAAAGUGGUGUCGGAGAACUUCCCCUCGGACUGCUCCUACAACUACAACACCGCCUCUGGUGGUAAAUCCGGCGGUUUCCCGUUCUUGGACAGCCUGGUUCCUUCAUAUCUCUCAAUCGACGUGGAUGGAAGAGUCGUCCGACUAGACACUUUCAGCAAAACAGUUGCUCCAGGUUGCCGACUAGGCUGGAUCACCGCCCAACCCGACGUAGUAGAGAGGAUCCUGCGCAUCACUGAGACAAGCACUCAACAACCUAGCGGGUUCGUUCAAAGCAUGAUCGCGGAACUAAUCAUUGGGCCCUCUGAAGAAGGCGAUCCCGGCAAAGGAGGCAGCAAAGAUGGUAGUGGAUGGAAGGUGGACGGCUGGGUUCGAUGGCUUGAAGGGUUGCGGGGCAACUAUGAACGACGAAUGCAGCUCAUGGCUUCAACUCUCGAAGAUGGAAAAUACCUGAUUCAAGAUUCGAAGCCCAGAUCGAACGCCUUUGCACCCGACGAUAUUGAAUACGAGGUGGUGCACAAGACGCAAAUGUACGACUUUGCGUAUCCGAUGGCUGGUAUGUUUCUUUGGUUACAUGCACAAUUGGAAACACAUCCCCUUUUCAACGAGGUCGAUCAUACACGACUUUCCCAGGCACUUUGGGUAUUGUUCACUACGGAACCGUAUCUGGUUCUGCUUGCUCCAGGGAGCAUGUUCUCCCCUACGCCUGAGAUCAUGCAAGAGAAAGGCUGGCAAUAUUACCGACUCUGUUUUGCGGCGGUGGACGAUGAUGUGGUGCGGAAGCAUACUGAAAACAUCGUGGCCGCUUUCCGGCAUUUCUGGACCAUCGAUGAUGUCAAGGUCAUUGACAAGCUUCUGGAAGACGACGAGGAUGUACAAGCGAGGUUUGCUGAACUUGCGAUGCAAAACCAGGGACUAUUUGCUGUGAAUCCGAUCAUUUGUUGA